CUGUGCUCUAUGCGGUCGAUUGCUUUGGUCUAGUUGUUCCUCACUCGUUUCAUGUGUUUGAGGAAAAGAAGCAGCAUGGCGUCGACGGCGAGUGAAGUGCAGCAAACCGUAGCUGUCAAAAAGUCCGCAGUGCGGGGACCACGCCGGGUAGCCAAUCAGAUUCCAGAUGAAAUCCUGCAAAACCCUGAGUUACAGGAAGCAGUUAAAGCUCUGCCUCAAAAUUAUAAUUUUGAGAUUCAUAAGACUGUGUGGCGAGUAAGACAAGCUAAAGCUAAGAGAGUGGCUUUGCAGCUUCCAGAGGGACUGCAAAUGUUUGCCUGUGUCAUCGCUGACAUCAUUGAGAGGUUCACUGAAGCAGACACAAUUGUGAUGGGAGAUGUGACCUACGGCGCCUGCUGUGUGGACGACUUCACGGCCCGAGCCCUGGGAGCUGAUUUCUUGGUACAUUAUGGACACAGUUGUCUCAUUCCCAUCGACUCUACUGCCAGCAUUAAGAUGCUCUACGUGUUUGUGGACAUCCAGAUGGACAACGCUCACUUCCUGGACACAGUUAAAUUUAACUUUAGCCCCGGACAGUCUCUGGUACUAGUUAGCACCAUUCAGUUUGUAGCAGCGCUGCAGGCUGUAAGUUCAGCUCUCAAAUCAGAUUUUGACGUCCUGGUCCCCCAGUGUCGACCUCUGUCACCAGGAGAAAUCCUGGGCUGCACCUCCCCUCGCCUGGAUCAACAUGUAGAUGCCAUCAUUUAUUUGGGAGAUGGAAGAUUUCAUCUGGAGUCCAUUAUGAUUGCAAAUCCAGACAUCCCAGCAUACAGAUAUGACCCCUACAGUAAAGUUUUCACAAGGGAGUACUACGACCACCAGGCCAUGCGUGCUUUAAGACUGAGGGCCAUUGACACUGCUCGCCAUGCUCAGAGAUGGGGUUUGAUUGUGGGCACGCUGGGUCGACAGGGCAGCCCUAAAGUCUUGGAGCACCUGGAGUCAAGGCUGAGUUCUUUGGGCAAAGACUUCACUCGAGUGCUCCUUUCUGAGAUUUUUCCAGGGAAGUUGGAUCUUAUGCCUGAUGUGGACGCAUGGAUCCAGAUAGCUUGUCCACGUCUGUCUAUUGAUUGGGGUUCUGCCUUCUCCAAACCUCUGUUGUCUCCAUACGAGGCAGCUGUAGCUUUAAAAGACACAGCCUGGAACGACACUUACCCCAUGGACUUCUAUUCCAAUCAGAGCCUCGGGCCGUGGACGCCCAACCAUCCCGACAACCAACCUAGACGACCUGCACGCACUUCAGCGCGGAAACCUCACUUAAAUCCACCUCAUUCUGUGGACAAGCAGCGUGGGCAGAACCAGUGCACCUCCUGUGGCUGUCAGGGGGAAUGACAGAAGAUAACCUGAGCCUGGAUGUCUGCAGCUCCACUGAAGUGCAUCAGAGUUGGUGUGAGACUUCAUCGUCAGGUUAUCGUCGUCGUGCUCGUCUGCUCUUAUACAUACACUAGGUGGCAGUAUCUUCUGUAACACCAGAGAGAUGAUCAUACCCCAACAAAAGUAACGCGUCAUCUAGUGGCAUCAAAUGUAAUUACAGUCGAUGCAUUUGUCACGCAGGAAAUCAGUCAUGAUCAUGUCUGCAUCAUAACUUAAUGCAGUAUUUGGCAGUAGUCCAUGACGAGUGACGUAAAUAUACGACUUAAAAAUCAAAAAUUUGACUAUCUAAAUGUGAGCAAUAUGUUGUCAAGAAAUAACUGAAAUGUUACUAAGACAAUGAAAAUUUGCUUCAUUUGCUUAAUACUUAAAUAACUUCAGAAAAAAAGACAAGAAACCAUCAGAAUUCAUUGUUUAAUGACUGUUUAAUUGUAUUUUUGUUUUCAGUAUUCACAGAUAGAGCAGUGACUGACCAAUGAUUUUAUGUGCUGUGUUGAUGACGGAGAGCUGAUUACAAUUUCAUCAUACGUAAUACAAAUGCUUGGUGCUAAAGAAACGUCAGAAAAGUCAGGAAUUUACAUCACACUUAACAAAUAAAAGUAUUUUUUAACCAUUUACUCUAAAUAAUUGUUUUACCUUAAAAUAAAAAUAUACAUAACACAAAUCAAGGUUUUACGUCUUACUCUGUUCUGUUAACUGUUCUCCGAUGUGAAGCACUUCUCUGAUUUAUUUUUGUGCACGCAGUUGUUGUGUUUUGUGCCCCCUAGCGACCAUGGCUGUAGACUGUUACUACAAGAUGCUGUUGCUACAGUAACAAUCUAAUGCCACGGUUACCAUGGAGACAGUGUGAGCAGCUGCGGCAUUGGCUGCAGCAACACUAACGUCAUUGUUGCUUUUGAUGAUGUCACUGUGUGAAGUCUUCAGAAGAGAUGGAAGCGAUGGCAGAGGCCCAGUGGGACUGAACUUAAAUAAAUCAACGUUUGUUUCAAAGUGAGCGUCACUCACUCUAACAGAUGCAGCUUCAGUAAUGUCUGCCAAGGGUUUAGUGUCAGCGGCAGCAGCAAAGGUCUUUCCACAGAGUCAGCCUCAGAUAGGCAGCAGAGGUUACUCAGACAUCUGUAGCCAUGACUGUAGACUGUUACUGUACCUUAGAGCAAUUUUAGCAGUAAGCAGUCUAGAGCCAAGGUGUAGAUGCACUGACUGAGAAAUGAAAAGAGCGGCAGCAGAAAAGAGCACUGGUCUGUAGAGAAAAGAAGCUUAAUGAAGUUAAAAUGCAGCAAGUGUUAAACUGAAUAACAAACAAGACAAUUAGAAAAAGGACUGUGGCGUAGGACUGUUUUUAGUCUUCAUCUAAAGUCUUCUACUAAAGGCAUGUGCAUUGCAGGAGAAAAUAUUUUUUAUUUUAAUUAUUUUCACAUUUUAAUUGUGAUCAUUUGAACAUUCUUACCACAGCAGCGUUGGCUACUUCUCUGAAUACACAGUCAUGGGACUAAAAUUUGAUUUAUUGAUUUUCACUAUAAUUAUCCAUGACUCAGCCACCGGAUGUGGGAGUACAGGAGUUCAAAAAGCAGAAAUCUUUAAAAGAAAAGAAAAGUCCAGUUUACUUAUCUGCUGCGUACUGCCUAUAUAUAUGAAACAUUCCUAAAAAUGUGGUGAAAAUAGUACAACAAGAUACUAUUAACAUUAAUUGUAUGUAAUUAAAAAUGUCGACAUGGGUGUGAAUGUGAGUGAAGCUGGUUGUUUUUACUGCGUUGACACUGCGGUCACUGUCAGCUGAUGUUGGCUCUAAUACCACAGUGGUUUAUCUGGUCUUGUUUCAACUUGAACCCAACACUCUGUUGUUUUGUCCCCUGAUCCUUAGACAUCCUAUAAAAUGUCUUAUCUGUAUCAAAUUUCGUUUAAAAAACACGAAAACACUGUCUAAGGCCUCACUAUAGAGAUCAUUUAUCCUUGGACGUGUCGCUGUCCAUGGUCCUGGAAGUGUCUUCGACCUAAAACACCGUCUUGUUUCCAGGCAGGGGCGUCACUAGGAUUGGGAAACAGGGGAUUGUGGGGGUUCAGAAUGCGCGCGCACAGCGAUCCAAAGAGUUUCCUUCUCCUACAAAG